GCGAGGCCUUCCGGGAACCUUACCCCCGCCCCUACUCUAGGCUCCGCCCCUCGGCCCGAGAUUUCCUCACUGCGCAUGUCAGACGCGCUUUUUCCUCCCCCCCCCCCCCCUCCCCCAGUCAGCAACGGGCUGUGAGGCGGCGGUGGUAGCAGCGGCGGCGGCGGCAGCGAAAGGGGCGGAGAAGAAGGAGCACGGCGGGAGAAGGCCUGAGCCGCGCGUAUUUGGGGGCCGUGGCAUUCUCACCGCGCCAGUGGUAGUGGCAGCUACCGCUGCAUCUGUAGCAGCAGGUUUGUGUGAAGAUCAGUUACUGGCACAAUGAACUGGAAUAAAGGUGGUCCAGGCACUAAACGGGGAUUUGGUUUUGGAGGUUUUGCUAUCAGUGCUGGGAAGAAAGAGGAACCCAAACUCCCACAACAGUCCCACAGUGCCUUUGGGGCAACUAGCUCUUCUUCUGGAUUUGGAAAGUCAGCUCCACCACAGCUUCCUUCUUUCUACAAAAUUGGAUCUAAGCGGGCCAACUUUGAUGAAGAAAAUGCAUACUUUGAAGAUGAGGAAGAAGACUCCAGUAAUGUUGAUUUACCUUACAUUCCUGCUGAAAACUCACCUACACGCCAGCAGUUCCAUUCCAAGCCAGCAGAUUCUGACAGUGAUGAUGAUCCCUUGGAAGCAUUCAUGGCUGAAGUGGAGGAUCAGGCAGCUAGAGAUAUGAAGAGGUUGGAAGACAAGGACAAGGAAAGGAAAAAUGUCAAGGGUAUUCGAGAUGACAUUGAAGAGGAAGAUGACCAAGAAGCUUACUUUCGGUACAUGGCAGAAAACCCAACUGCUGGUGUGGUUCAAGAAGAGGAAGAAGACAAUCUGGAAUAUGAUAGUGAUGGAAAUCCAAUUGCACCUUCCAAAAAAAUUAUCGAUCCUCUUCCUCCCAUUGAUCAUUCAGAGAUUGACUACCCACCAUUUGAAAAAAAUUUUUACAAUGAACACGAGGAGAUAACCAACCUCACUCCACAGCAGCUAAUAGAUCUUCGGCACAAGCUCAACCUACGGGUCUCUGGCGCUGCACCACCUAGACCAGGAAGUAGUUUUGCUCAUUUUGGUUUUGAUGAACAACUUAUGCACCAAAUUCGGAAGUCUGAGUAUACACAGCCCACUCCAAUACAGUGCCAGGGUGUGCCUGUGGCAUUAAGUGGUAGAGACAUGAUUGGUAUCGCCAAAACAGGCAGUGGAAAAACUGCAGCCUUUAUCUGGCCCAUGUUGAUUCACAUAAUGGACCAGAAGGAAUUGGAACCAGGUGAUGGGCCAAUUGCAGUUAUUGUUUGCCCUACUAGGGAGCUUUGCCAGCAGAUCCAUGCAGAAUGCAAGAGGUUUGGGAAGGCAUAUAAUCUUCGCUCAGUGGCAGUAUAUGGAGGAGGGAGCAUGUGGGAACAGGCCAAGGCCCUUCAGGAAGGGGCAGAGAUUGUUGUAUGUACCCCGGGUCGACUAAUUGAUCAUGUGAAGAAGAAAGCUACCAAUCUUCAAAGAGUGUCUUACCUUGUGUUUGAUGAAGCAGAUCGAAUGUUUGACAUGGGAUUCGAAUACCAGGUUCGGUCCAUAGCAAGUCAUGUUCGUCCUGACAGACAGACUCUCUUAUUCAGUGCAACUUUUCGAAAGAAGAUCGAAAAAUUGGCCAGAGACAUCUUGAUUGACCCUAUUCGAGUAGUGCAAGGAGAUAUUGGAGAGGCAAACGAAGAUGUGACACAGAUUGUAGAGAUACUCCAUUCUGGGCCUAGUAAAUGGAACUGGCUUACCCGGCGUCUGGUGGAGUUUACUUCCUCUGGGAGUGUUCUCCUGUUUGUUACUAAAAAAGCCAAUGCUGAAGAGCUAGCCAAUAACCUUAAGCAGGAGGGUCAUAAUCUUGGACUGCUCCAUGGAGACAUGGAUCAAAGUGAGAGAAACAAGGUCAUUUCUGAUUUUAAGAAGAAAGACAUCCCAGUCCUAGUGGCCACAGAUGUUGCAGCCCGUGGUCUGGACAUUCCUUCAAUUAAAACUGUCAUUAAUUAUGAUGUGGCACGAGACAUUGAUACCCAUACGCAUAGAAUUGGCCGCACUGGAAGAGCAGGUGAGAAGGGCGUGGCCUAUACCUUACUGACCCCCAAGGACAGCAAUUUUGCUGGUGACCUCGUCCGGAACUUGGAAGGGGCUAAUCAACAUGUUUCCAAGGAGCUCCUAGAUCUGGCAAUGCAGAAUGCCUGGUUUCGGAAGUCACGAUUCAAAGGAGGGAAAGGCAAAAAGCUGAACAUUGGUGGAGGAGGCUUGGGCUAUAGGGAACGUCCUGGCCUGGGCUCUGAGAACACAGACCGAGGAAAUAAUGUAAUGAGCAAUUAUGAGGCAUAUAAGCCCUCCACAGGAGCCAUGGGAGAUCGGCUAACAGCAAUGAAAGCAGCUUUUCAGUCGCAGUACAAGAGUCACUUUGUUGCAGCCAGCUUAAGUAAUCAGAAGGCUGGAAGCUCUGCUGCUGGGGCAAGUGGAUGGACUAGUGCAGGAAGCUUGAAUUCUGUUCCAACUAAUUCAGCACAACAGGGUCCCAACAGUCCUGACAGCCCUGUCACUGGUGUCACAAAAAGCAUGCCAGGCUUUAGCAAUACUGGGAACAUCAGCAGUGCACCGGUGACCUACCCUUCCAUCGGAGCCCAAGGAGUUAACAACACAGCUUCAGGGAAUAAUAGUCGAGAAGGGAUUGGGGGUGGCAAUGGGAAAAGAGAGAGGUAUACAGAGAACCGGGCUGGUGGCCGUCAUAGCCAUGGAGAGAGUGGCAAUCGGCAUGGUGAUAGCCCCCGUCAUGGAGAUGGUGGUCGCCACGGAGAUGGAUACCGUUACACAGAAAGCAGCCGGCACACUGACAGCCAUCGGCAUGGAGAGAACAGGCAUGGAGGAAAUGCAGGCCGGCAUGGUGAGGGUCGGGGAGCAAAUGAUGGCCGAAACGGAGAAAGCAGGAAAGAAAGUUGUAAUCGUGAAAGCAAGGUGGACCCCAAGAUGGACAACAGCAAGAUAGACAGUAAGACAGAUAAGACAGCUGAUGGUUUCGCUGUCCCAGAACCACCCAAACGCAAGAAAAGUCGAUGGGACAGUUAGAGGGUAUGUGCCACAGAGUGAAAUCAGUUGUCUUUCAUUUUAUUUUUAGAAAGAUUUUGGUAACUAGGUGUCUCAGGGCUGGGUUGGGGUCCAAGGAAUAAGGACCCCUUGCUCCUAAUGGAGAAUUGGAGUGUAGAGACAUUAUGCCUUCAUCUGAAUAACUGUUCAGAUGUUUCCUUGGGAAGCUGCUUUAUUUAGUCCUGGCAUGCAAUGAGAGCUGGGAAGCUUCUGCUGGCUCUGAGUGAGUUGUUAGAAGGGUUAAGUGGGAAAUACUUUGGAAGAAAGAGCCUUAUAGGGCACAAGACUCACUCUAGGUUUGUAAGUAGCUUAUAUUUUUUACUAAAAUGUCACCUUGUAAACAUCUAUAAAUCCAAUUCCUUUUCUUAGUUGUUUGGCCAGGCAGUCCCCAUUUUAGGAGUUGGCUUCUGCAAACCCAACCCAUUGAACUGAAGGACUAUUUGAGAAGCCAUUUGGUGCUUUCAGAUGUUUGCAGGGAAAGGAGCUACCCAAUGCUCAGGUUCCCCAGCCAGGUUUGUAUCCAACCCUGAGACAUGUAGGAAGAAGCCACCUUCCACAACCAGGCUUUGAGAAUCUCAGAGCCAGUAUGAUUGAAGGGAAAAGAUGAUCCUGGAAAGAAUUCUAGGAUUGCUCCAGGUCUGAGGCAUCGUUAAUAAAAAUGAAAAAAGAGAAAACCAACAACAGCUUUUAAAGUGUCUAUCUCAUUGUAUUUUUUUUUAAACUUACCCCAAUGGUAGUCUUUUGCUGAAAUGAUUCUGAUGAUUUUUGUUCUAUCUUGUUUAUAAAAAGAAAAGAAAUAUACAAACUUUGAAUUUUGUGACUUUGUGAAGGUUUCUUUUAAGAUGUGCAUUCCUUUCCUGCUUGCUCUCUAGUAAAUGUUUUACUACUGGGACCUGCGGACUGUUUGUUAUUUCUACCUUAUAGUAAUGCAUAAAUUAUGAUUGGAACAGUGUAGCACAUGGUGUGAAACGUGGGGAAGUGUUUGCUUAAUUAAACUGUCAGUAAAGA